UGAGAGAGAGACAGAGUGUGUCUAACUUUUUUGUGCUGGAUCUUUAAGUCCCUUUCAUCCCCAAGAGCGAGCCUCAGUUAGCCUCUCCUCCUCCUGGUCUCCCUGGGGAAGAAAAACAUGACAGACGCGGCGACCAACAUGCGGCUGAAGCUGCCGAUCACCUGCUUCAUCCUGGAGAUCAUCCUCAUCAUCCUCUUCGGUGUCCUGGUGCAGUACGACGAAGGGACAGACGCCAAGGAAUGGCAUCACACAAACCACUCUCAGUAUGAAAACGACUUCUACUACCGAUACCCAAGUUUCCAGGAUGUGCAUGUGAUGAUCUUCAUUGGUUUUGGCUUCCUCAUGACCUUCCUGCAGCGCUAUGGCUUCAGCAGCGUGGGCUUCAACUUUCUCAUUGCAGCCUUCGCCCUGCAGUGGGCCACGCUCAUGCAGGGCUUCUUCCAUGGUAUGCAUGGAGGCAAGAUCCACAUCGGGGUAGAGAGUAUGAUCAAUGCUGAUUUCUGCACCGGCUCAGUGCUCAUCUCAUUUGGAGCAGUUUUGGGUAAAACCAGCCCUGUCCAGCUGCUGGUCAUGGCGAUAUUUGAGGUCACACUGUUUGCUGUCAAUGAGUUCAUCCUGCUGUCUGCUCUGGGAGCCAAGGACGCCGGCGGCUCCAUGACCAUCCAUACAUUUGGAGCCUACUUCGGCCUCAUGGUGACCAGGAUCCUGUACCGGCCCAACCUGGACAAGAGCAAACACAGAAACAGCUCUGUCUACCAUUCUGACCUGUUCGCUAUGAUCGGUACCAUCUACCUGUGGAUGUUCUGGCCCAGUUUCAACUCUGCCGUCACAGCUCAUGGAGACGACCAGCACCGUACAGCCAUGAACACCUACUACUCACUGGCAGCCUGCACUCUGGCCACAUACGGCAUGUCCGCCAUCACGGCGCAUGACGGCAAGCUGGACAUGGUCCACAUCCAGAAUGCUGCCCUGGCUGGUGGAGUCGCAGCAGGAACAGCUGGUGAAAUGAUGCUGACGCCGUACGGCUCCAUGAUUGUCGGUUUCUUGGCCGGCGUCAUCUCAGUCCUGGGCUUCAAGUACCUCUCACCCAUCCUCGAGGAAAAACUGAAGAUCCAAGACACCUGUGGGGUUCACAACUUGCACGGCAUGCCUGGAGUCCUCGGCGCCAUUGUGGGAGCUGUGACCGCUGCUGUGGCAACCACAGACGUUUAUGGAGCUGGUAUGGCAGACGUGUUCCCAGAUAUUGCAAGCGGAGAUAUUCAGGCGUCCUACCAGGGGGUCCGUCAGGCCAUUUCCCUCGCUGUCACCCUCGGCAUCGCCCUGGGCGGAGGGCUUAUUGUUGGUUUUAUUUUGAAGCUUCCUGUCUUCGGUGCUCCUCCUGACACCAUCUGCUUCGAGGACAGCAUCUACUGGGAGGUACCUGGAGAUGAGGAGGGUCAUGAGGACCAGCUGACCACUGUGAGGACAACGGAGACUGAGAAGCUCAACAGUUAGAGACACACACACAUACACACACACACACACACACACACACACACACACACACACACACACACACACACAGACGCACACACAAACACACAAGGAGGUCUUAACAUCCUAGGACUUGAGUAUUACACCCUCUAGGUUGUGAAAAAUCCAAAUUGACCUGCAUCUUAUUCAUAUCGACGGCCUGUUUUUUACGUGUAAAAAUACACUUUUUUUAUUCUGCAGUGAUAAAAAAUUAAAUCUCUCUUACAGUAUAAAGGUUACUGACAGCUGUGGCCACUAGAGGUCGAUCCAGAGCUGUGCCCCUCUGUGCUACAGGCCUGUGAAAACACUGCAUUGGGAAAUGAUGUGUCUAUUUGAUGAAAGAUGCUCUCUAAUUGUCCCUUAAACCGGCCAAGAAACACUGUUACAGAAUCUACUGUCAGCAGCCGUUUAAACCAAAGACAAACAGAAACUGGCUCAUUCAGUCUAAAAAAUUUGGCUACAUUUUCAUUAUAAACCAAUUAUGUUUCUGCUAUUUUCUAUAUUUCAAAUAAAGGAUUUCCAUGCAAAACAGAGCAGAGGCAUAAUUAUGUUUGUUUUUUUUGUUUUGUUGUUUAAAUAUAUGUAUUAUCAUCUAAUUCUUACGGUUUGGGAUUUUCCAUGAUUUUAUUUUUCCAUAUAAAAAUGUAUAUGAUUAGUUUAAAUAGAAAUGUCCCUGUUGGUUCACUUAUGUACCUUUUUUAUAUUAACUGUAUGUCUAAAAGUGAGUAGAUUGAUUUCUAGAUUGACCUACAUGUAAAUGGAGCAGCUGGAUUUACAGUUUAAAACAAUUCUUUGUGAAUUUAAAGGAUUUUCAAACACAAUAUUGGAUUUGUUUUUCGCAAAAUAAAUUGUUCAAGUUU